CCGGCCACAAUCAAGUUCCUGUGUAGGAGAGGUCCGAGGCUACAAGACGUCUCAGCGUAAUUUCGCUCACCCGGAUUUGCUUUCUUGGAACGGAGUGGCCUCGAAAGGCCUGGCUCGCGCGUCGGAUAUGUUUUCUUGCUUUCGUAACACCACGCGUCAUCUCCGUACAUCCCGCUUUGCGCACUCGGCCGCUAGAGUACGGGCUCAAGAGAAGAUUGCCCAAAUCGACAAAGUGGCUCCCUCUUGAUCGACACAUUCAUCGCCGCCACGACUAUCUACGAAUAUCUCUGACCGAACGAUGCAAUCUACGAUGUUUCUACUGUAUGCCCAGUGAAGGCGUCGAACUCUCACCGAGCGAACAUCUCUUGACAAACGAGGAAAUCUUGCGCCUUGCACUGCUCUUUGUCAAGAGUGGCGUGACGAAGAUCCGAUUGACCGGCGGCGAGCCCACUGUUCGCAAAGACAUCUCGCAGAUCAUCGCUGGCCUGAAUGAUCUGCGAGCACAUGGUCUGAAAUCGAUCGGCAUGACCAGCAAUGGGAUAGCGCUCCACCGCCGGCUGCCAGAAUUGGUCCAAAACGGUCUCACCCAUCUCAACCUGAGCCUCGAUACAUUGGAUGAGUUCCGUUUCGAACUGAUGACGAGACGAAGAGGUCUGCAUGCUGUGUUGCGCUCUCUCGACACUGCACUGGAGCUACUUCCAUUCGUCAAACUGAAUGUUGUCGUUGUCAAAGGCCUCAACGACGCCGAAGUGCUCGACUUCGUAGCGAUGACCAAGGACAGACCUAUCUCUGUCAGGUUCAUUGAGUUCAUGCCAUUCACGGGCAAUAAAUGGGACGCUCAGAAGAUGAUACCUUCUGCAGAAUUGCUCCAAGCCAUCACCAGUCAGCAUCCGACUGUUACUCGUGCACCGGACGAAUUGAACGAUACCGCGCGGACAUGGACGAUACCUGGCUAUGCGGGAAGCUUUGGUUUCAUCAGCAGCAUGUCAGACCACUUCUGCUCUACCUGUAAUCGGCUCCGGGUUACGGCCGAUGGUCAGAUCAAGGUAUGCCUGUUCGAUGCGAAAGAGGUAUCCCUACGAGACGAGAUGCGCCGCGGAGCCAGUGACUCGGAGCUGCUGCAGACCAUCGGAGCAGCUGUGCGCGGCAAACAGGAGAAGCACGCCGGGAUGCAAGAUAUCGACACUAGUUCUGAGGCUGAAUUCGAUGCAGCCCGCGCUCGCAGAACGCACCGCCGCCCGUCUCUGCGAUUCAGCUCUUCGAGUGCACGACUGUCGCACCUGGACGAUAGCGGCCGUGCGAAUAUGGUCGAUGUCGGGAACAAACAGCCCACGCGCCGAACCGCCUGUGCCUCGGGUCGAAUCUACAUCCCGCAGAUUGCGUACGAACUCGUGACAUCGACAUACCCCGCAGACGGACAGGACAGCGGGCUGAUCAAGGCGCGUCGGAAAGGCGAUGCCUUGACUGUCGCCCAAUUGGCCGCGAUCAUGGGUGCCAAACGAACAUCCGACCUGAUUCCGCUCUGUCACCCGCUGGCUUUGACCAAAAUCCGCCACGCUCGAACCGGAGAUCGAGACAUGCCCUGA